AUGUCUAAUAAAACCGGAAAUUCACAACAGACAUUGCCUGAAUUUGUUGAGCCUUGUAUACAGGAUAGUAUGCAUCCAUACUAUGGCAAUUACCAUUUUGUCCAGCCUCCCAUCGUUGUCUUGACUAGCAAACCCUUGCGGUAUAAUGACCAGAAAAUAAACUCAAUCAAUCCUACAGUUGAACAUGGAAUAGUUGGCAUGGUGAAUGGAGAGCCUUGCGCAUCUUAUUCAUCACAAAGACCACUACAGCCAACCAUUUGGACUGACAAGUUACUCUUGGCACUCGACUCAUUUAGUGUCGAAUCUGUUCAACAACUAUUACUUGCAACAGAACCCAACCUUGCAUCUGAGCAGGCUGCUUCUUCCAUUUCUAGUGAUAUCAGCACUGCUCAAGUUGACAUUAACGCUCCACUCACUGCAACGGGGAUUAGUGCUCUGCAUGUUGCUGUUUCUAAAGGAUUUACUGAAGCGGUUAAACUCUUGCUUGGUACACCAGGGAUUAUUGUGGAUAUUACCGAUCAUCAGAAAGAGACUCCUUUGUUUAAAGGAUCUUAUCGUGGAAUGCAAGACGCAGUCAAGUUACUCAUAGAUGCAGGUGCAAAUGUGCUUUACCAAGACUCGCAAGGUUGGACUUCAGUUCACAAUGCUGCAUCUCAAGGUCACAAAGAGAUUAUGCAACUACUCAUAGCAAGUUGCCCAUCUUGCAAUUUAUUUUCUAACAACUUGAUCUCUGAAAUAUAUUCGGAUUCUGUCACUAUGGUAGUGUCUGCUGCUGCACAUGGACACGAGCUAAUCGUGGAAAUGCUUUUGGAUUAUCAAGCAGAUCCGCUGAUUUUAAAUAAAAAUAUGGAUACCGCACACGAUCUUGCUCUUUACAACGAUCACUACACACUUGCCGAGCGUAUUGCUUUUGCAGAAAAUCAAUGGAUUGCAAAUCAGCCACAUAUAGAUAGCAAAGUUUAUCCAAAACAUCAAGCAGAGAUUGAAGUUUUAUUUGAAAAUCAGCGUUCUAGUUCGGUUUAUUUCCCCACUCAAAUGCUUCAAGCGACGCCAGAAAAUCUCAAAUUCAGUACCUCUACUUUGACUUUUACAGAUCCUUCACCCAUGAUUGCAUAUCCACCACACAAAAAGAUUUCCAGGGGAUUCAAAGAUGUUCAUCUUCCCAUCACUAAAGACAACGUGGGUCAAAUUCAUAGACAAUGGUUUUGGCUAACUGAAUGGUGUGUGGAUACUACAGAUCCUAGACUGCGAACCAUGCAAAGCAACGUACCAAUCAGCAAAAAAGAAAAUACCGAAGAUACUUUUGAAACUGGCUGGCUAUAUGCGAAAUCAUUUGAUGUACCUGAAAAUGAAUGGGUGUCAAGCAUGUCUAAUAAUGCAGUCCAAAAUCAAACUGCAUCCAAUGGAAAUAGUGGAUCUCCCCGUUCAAGUAUGUUCGGAAUUGUUCAGAGUUUUCUAGGAACCUCUACUCAUGGAUGGGUGCGUCGCCGUAGAUGGGUUCGUAUUCGAAAACGGCGAGCUGGUGCAAGUGAAAAUACUAUGUCCGAGUUGGAAAGCACAGAAAAUACCGAGUCACCUGUUUCAGAACGCCAACUAUCGGAUCUUGAAUGUGAACUAGAUGUGCUGAAACAAAAAAUCGAAAUAAUGAUGGCUUCUUCAUCAGCCGAGCAAGAUGGCCUGAAAAAAAUGGCUAUUAUUGUUCAGGCAAAGGUAGAGCUAGAUCGUGCUGAAGAGUUACAAGCGCUAAUUGAUGUUCUUCGCGCCAAAGAUUUACAAAACCAAAUUCAAACUCCAAACACGACAUCUCUUUCUACCUCCCACUCGUACAGAUUUUGGAGUCAUCCUACAAGUAUAUCUGGUAUUUGGAUCAAAGACUCGGAAGCAUCACGUUGUUCCAAUUGCUCUGUCAAUUUCACAUUUACGAUUCGAAGACAUCACUGCAGGCGAUGUGGUCUAGUUUAUUGUGAUCAAUGUUCAAGUCGUCGCGUAAUGAUUCCCACUUGUAUGCUCACACAUACAACCAAUCAAUCUAGCGCUGAUUCAAAUCCAAUCAACACGAGGCUGGACAAUCUUAUACCCAUGGGCGACUCUGAUUUACCCACACCUUUGGAAACAGAAACUUUACAUCGGUUUGCUUCACGAACUUCAGAAAGCAGCACAGACGAACAGCCUUCAUCAGCAACACCUUUGGCAGGUGGCGGUCCUGCAAGUAAAGAACGGGUGUGCGACGCAUGCUAUGUGGUUAUGACAACCAUGCCAGAACCAUAUCUUGCACAAACCGACUCUGAUUUGCACCAUACUCAAAGAAGUACUAGGGACGGUACUUUAGCUAUACUCAAUAAUGAGACCAGAUCCAACAUAACAAAUACCCCUAUUGCAAGUGACAUGCCAGGAAGUAGUAUUCAUUUCAAUCGAAAUAGACAUCGUCAAUCUCUUGCAGACAGCAUCAUGUCGGAAUGUCCCGUCUGCCAAAAAGUUCUUGCUAGUGAAAUGCUCGAGACAGAUGUAGAAUCACAUGUUGCAACCUGUUUGGAAUCUGUUGCCUACAGUUUAGACAGACCUUCUGUUAUGGAUAAAGGAAUGCAGGAUUUGUCUAGUAGUAGCUCCGGCAUAGACAGAGCAGGUCCGAUUGGGCGAUCAGUAAAGUCCAUUAGCGGAAACAGAUACAUUGUACAAGUGUUGGCAGCAAGUAUUCCGAAUAUUGAGUGCUCUAUCUGUAUGGAUGACUUUGAAAAAGGACAGCAUAUUGCUCGCUUAAACUGUCUCUGUAUGUUUCAUCUUUGCUGUAUUCAAGAGUGGUUCAAUAAUCCAAAAUAUGGCAAGCAGAUGUGCCCAGUUCAUUUUAAAUUCAACGAUUGA